AUGAAGUUCUCCGCCCUCACCCUUCCCCUCGCCGCCUUAUCAGCACUCACUCCAGCCCUCGCCCGGAUCGCCAACUUCUCCUUCCCCUCCACGGCCUACCUCGGCGAGAACCUGCUCGUCAACGUGACGACCGAAAUAUACGUGCAGCAGUGGUCUGACCUCAAUGUCAUGUUCGGGUUCCAGAGCAAGGCGUAUCGGUGUGGGACAUGUGUGGGUCAAGGGGAGUGGUAUGAGAAUCUCUAUGGGAACUCAGACUACACGGGUACGAACGGGACUGAGCUCGCUAGUUACACCAUCAGCGUCCCGGUCGCGCCGUACCUCAACACCAGCCUCGAGUAUGUGCUCGUCGCUGCUGUCCCCUACAUUGCCGGCGCCUCCGGCACUACUGGUAUCAGGUACUUCAACCAGACCAUCACCCUCACUCCCAACUCGAACGAUGGUGGAGCCGUGGAGGAGGAUGACUCGGCAUGA